CUGAUUCACGUUGUGUGACAAAACCGAAGAGGAGAAGCUGGUGAAAUAGUACUCGUAUUAACAAACGUAGUCACGCUAGUUGAGUGCACACUAAUUCGUUGAAUGUAAAAGAUUAUAUUUUUUUCAUUAGCAGCUCAUUUACAGUAAAUAAUUGUACGGAUUUCAGCUUAUAAUGGCCGCUGUUGACAGCUUCCAGCUUUUGUAUAGAGAAAUUGCCAGAUCGUGCAGUUGUUAUGUGGAAACGCUGGCGCUCGUGGGUGCGUGUUACACAGCCAGCAAGGCUGUGAUAUUUAUGAGGGACUGCUAUAGUCUGAUAAGGCUUCACUUUAUUCCUCGUCUUGUCUCCCAUAGAGAUCUUAGUCAGCAGUAUGGACAAUGGGCUCUUAUAUGUGGUGCUUCAGAGGCCAUAGCAAAAGCAUAUGCAGAGGAACUGGCCAGACAUGGCAUCUGUGUGAUUCUGAUCAGCAGUGACAUCAGUAACUUAGGUGACACUGCCAAAGCCAUUUCAGACACUUACGGGGUAGAGGCCAUUUUAAUAGAAGCAGAUUUCAGCCAGGGCCCCUCAGCCUGCAAGCCCAUUAAAGAUGCCAUAAGCAGUAAAGAUAUUGGAUUCAUUGUUAACAGUCUGGAUGGGUCUCUGGACCUCUCUCAAGGCUUUAAGGACCUCUCUGAAUCUAUAGUGUGGGACACUAUCAAUAGAAAUAUAGUAGCUGCCACUCUUGUCACCCGUCUGGUACUGCCCAAUAUGGUGGACAGGGGAAAAGGAGCAGUGGUCAACAUUUCUGAUGGGCUCUGCUUGUGUCCGACUUCCAGAAAGGCUGCUCUUUCUGCAUCUACGGCUUUUCUUGAUAACUUCAGUCGCUCUCUGCACUAUGAAUAUGGUCAUCGAGGAGUCUUUGUGCAGAGUUUGCUGCCUUUUAGAGUCUCAUCUCAAGGAUCCGAGGGUUAUGGUCCUGUUGGCUGGCUGGUGCCAAGCCCACAAGUGUAUGCCAGCCAUGCUCUUUCAACUCUAGGCAUUUCUCACCGAACCACGGGAUACUGGCCUCAUGCCAUACAGUUUCGACUGGCGCAGUGCAUGCCAGAGUGGGUAUGGAUGCUGAGAUCACGUAUAUUCACGAGGGCCACCUGACAGGGAUGUUUCCCAUCCAUGUGAAAGACCUAGUUCUUGAAAUUGAUGUUGCAGAGUUUAUUUUGACCAAACUAACUGAAGUAGUUUAAGUCUUUGGUUCUUUUAAUUGUGAUGAUUUUGGCUCACAUUUAACAAAAACCCACCAAUUCAGUAUCUCAACAAAUUAGAAUACUUCAUAAGACCAAUAGAA